AGAAUUACGGCGCGCGGCGAGGGUCAAUCCCAGCGGUACACCUCAGCGAGCAGGCUAGGGGGCCGCGGAGGGGCCGUUCGGCGGCACUGUAGAUUCUCGCCCGCCGCUUCCCAGGCCGGCCCCCAGUGCUCUCGCGGGGCCGCCCGCUUCUGCAGCCUCGUGGCCGCCCGGAGCCAGCUCUUCAGGCCUGGACACCGAGGCUGCCGCGGUGCGGCCAUGGACUUCUCCAAGUUCCUGGCCGAAGACUUCGACGUGAAAGAGUGGAUCAACGCGGCCUUCAGGGCUGGCCCCAAGGAGGCGGCGGCCGUGAAGGCAGACGGCCACGCGGCCACCCUGGUCAUGAAGCUGCAGCUGUUCAUCCAAGAGGUGAACCACGCCGUGGAGGAAACAAGUCACCAGGCCCUCCAGAACAUGCCCAAAGUGCUCCGGGAUGUCGAAGCCCUUAAACAGGAAGCCUCUUUUCUGAAAGAACAAAUGAUUCUCGUCAAGGAGGACAUUAAAAAAUUUGAACAGGACACGUCUCAAUCAAUGCAGGUAUUGGUAGAAAUCGACCAGGUGAAGUCGAGGAUGCAGCUUGCCGCUGAAUCUCUUCAAGAAGCAGAUAAGUGGAGCACAUUGAGUGCUGACAUCGAGGAGACAUUUAAGACUCAGGACAUAGCUGUGAUUUCUGCCAAGCUAACAGGCAUGCAGACCAGCUUAACGAUGCUUGUUGACACCCCAGACUACUCAGAAAAAUGUGUGCACCUGGAGGCACUGAAGAACAGGCUGGAGGCCUUGGCCAGCCCCCAGAUUGUAGCCGCAUUCACCUCUCAGUCUGUAGAUCAGUCCAAAGUGUUUGUGAAGGUUUUCACUGAAAUUGAUCGGAUGCCCCAACUUCUUGCAUAUUACUACAAGUGUCACAAGGUGCAGCUUUUAGCAGCCUGGCAGGAGCUGUGCCAGACCGACCUCCCCCUGGACCGGCAGCUCACUGGCCUCUAUGACGCCUUGCUCGGCGCUUGGCACACACAGAUCCAGUGGGCCACGCAGGUUUUCAAGAACCCCCACGAGGUGGUGACUGUGCUGCUGAUUCAGACCCUGGGGGCCUUGGUGCCCUCUCUGCCCGUCUGCCUGAGCUCGGGCGUGGAGCGGGCCGGGCCCGAGCUGGAGCUCAUCAGGCUGCUGGAGUUCUACGGCGCCACCGCCCACUUUGCCAAGGGGCUGGAGAUGGCACUGCUCCCCCACCCACAUGAGCACAACCUGGUGAAAGUCAUGGAACUGGUGGAUGCUGUGUACGGUCCGUACAAACCCUACCAGCUGAAGUAUGGUGACAUGGAAGAGAGCAACCUCCUGAUCCAGAUCAGUGCAGUGCCGUUGGAACACGGCGAAGUCAUUGACUGUGUGCAGGAGCUGAGCCACUCUGUGAACAAGCUCUUUGGCCUGGCGUCUGCAGCCGUUGACAGAUGCAUCCGAUUCACUAAUGGUCUGGGGACCUGUGGCCUGCUGACAGCUCUGAAAUCCCUCUUUGCCAAGUACGUGUCCGACUUCACCAGCACUCUCCACUCGAUACGGAAGAAGUGCAGGCUGGACGAUAUUCCUCCCAACUCCCUUUUCCAAGAAGAUUGGACAGCUUUUCAGAACUCCAUUAGGAUAAUAGCCACCUGUGGAGAGCUCCUGCGGCAGUGCGGGGACUUUGAGCAGCAGCUGGCAAACAGGGUUUUGUCCACAGCUGGGAAGUAUCUCUCUGACUCCUACAGCCCUCGGAGCCUGACUGGUUUUCAGGAUAGCAUCUUGACAGAUAAGAAGAGCUCUGCCAAGAACCCAUGGCAAGAAUACAAUUACCUCCAGAAAGAUAACCCUGCCGAAUACGGCAGUUUAAUGGAAAUACUUUAUACCCUCAAGGAAAAAGGAUCAAGUAACCACAACCUGCUCUCGGCAUCUCGAGCGGCCCUGACUCGCCUUAACCAGCAGGCCCACCAACUGGCUUUCGAUUCGGUUUUCCUGCGCAUCAAACAGCAGCUGCUCCUUAUUUCCAAGAUGGAUAGCUGGAGCACAGCUGGCAUUGGAGAGACCUUGACCGAUGACCUGCCCACCUUCAGUCUCACCCCUCUGGAGUACAUCAGCAACAUCGGGCAAUAUAUCAUGUCCCUCCCCCUGAACCUUGAGCCGUUCGUGACUCAGGAGGACUCUGCCUUGGAGCUGGCGUUGCAUGCUGGGAAGCUGCCAUUUCCUCCGGAGCAAGGGGAUGAACUGCCCGAGUUGGACAACAUGGCAGACAACUGGCUGGGCUCGAUUGCCAGAGCCACGAUGCAGACCUACUGCGACGCCAUCCUGCAGAUCCCCGGGCUCACCCCGCACUCCACCAAGCAGCUGGCCACUGACAUCGACUACCUGAUCAACGUGAUGGACGCCCUGGGCCUGCAGCCGUCCCGCACCCUCCAGAACAUCGUGACGCUCCUGAAGGCCAAACCCGAGGACUACAGACAGGUCAGCAAAGGCCUGCCCCGGCGCCUCGCCUCCACAGUGGCUGCCAUGCGGAGUGUGGACUACUGACCCCCGGCCCCCGGCUAGGGUUCCCGGGCCACAGAACUCUCCAGAGUGGAUUUGGUCUAAAAAUCCGCCUGAGACUGGCAGAAUUUGUUUCAAAAAGGCUGGGUUCAUUUGUAUAAUAAAAAAAAGUUGUAAAUUAGAGGUGCAUUAUUUAUUAGAGGGGAAUUUUCAGAUGAUUUUUUUUAAAUGAGCUGAUCUUGCAAAUGCCAUGAAUACAUACUGUGAAAUGAAA